AUGAGGGGGCUAUCCCCCCCCCCUAAGUUGAUGGGCAUUGCCAUUCAAAUAGUGUGUGUGUGCUGUGUCAUGUGAUUGAUUAUCACAUGACAGGCCAAAUGCGUGGCUAAGUAUGAGCUGAGACAUUGAUCCAACAAGUGACACACUCCCUCCCACUCCUUUCUUUUGAAGAGCAGGGAGGGCACAAGCCUUAGCCCACCUGAACCUUCUCCAGGCUACCUGCUCCCCUGACGCUCCUCUGUCUCAGACAUUUUGCCUCCCUCACCCUGUUCAGACCCUCCGCCAGGUCAUCCAGCUCCCUGAUCUCUUCCUCUUCAGGAUUCAACUGUCCCCUCUGCGACAUCCCUGAGGGGCUGAUGACAGUGGGGAGGGCAGCUUUGCAAAUUGUCUCCAGUCCACGUUUGCAACCAGGCAUUAUCCUGGAAGCAGAGGCAGAUUUAUGGGAGCACAUCUGGUUUGCCCAAAUUGAGCACCGAGCCGAGAAGGCAUCACAGGGAUUUCUGCAAUAAUGACGAGCAAUGGAUGGAAGCAGGGGCACCAAAUUUUGGCAUUGCACUCGGCACCACUGAAAUGUUAAAGUCUGCAUUGCCAGAAGUGGGGGAUAGAUUUUUUUUUCCUGUUUCAUGAAAUGCCUUGCAGAAAAUGACUAGAGAUGUAUCAGGUUGCAUGUGAGCAAGGAUGUUGUGUGUGUGUUUUGGGUUCAAGAAGAUGAGUUCUGAGUGGCUCAGUAGGAAUGCUGGAAAUGUUUGUAGGAGUAUUAUUUUAUUAAACUGACUCCAGAAAGAGCACUGAAACAAUCGGUUAUGCUGCCAAACCCUUUGCAGUCAUGCUUUCCUCUCGGCCGAUCAAGCUGGGCUGAUGGAAUGGCUCAUCUAGCACCAAAUUGCCAAGGCAGCUGUUUGCAGCUGGAUUUCCCCAUAACUACGUUUGUGGAGCUUAAGAGGAGGGGAAAUGGCUGGCUAGAGAAUUCCACUUAGUGCUAUCUGAGAUCCCUGGCAUUAGCAUUACUGCUGACUACAUGGCAUAAACUAAGGGUAUUGUUCCAAGCCAUGACAUGCAACCAAAAACCCUCACUGCAAGCAUGUGCAUGCCUCCUUACACAUUGCUGGUAAGCAACGGCCAACAGGAUAGAGUUUUGUCAUUUUUAUGCUGUGGGGAAUCUCAGGGUCCAGGAACAAAUGCAACCUUCCAGGCCUCUCAAGUCUGGUCACCUCAAAAGGCUCCCUUGGCCAUUCCCUGCACUGGCCUCCCUCCACACCCUGAAAGUUUUUGUCUGACCGGAAUGUGCUCUUGAACUCUGACAAUGCCGCAAGCCUAUCUGGACAGAGGAUGGAGAAGGGUUUGUGUUAAACUAUCCUAGAGGUCAAAGAUGAAAUGUACAUUCAUUGGGCCACCCACUUUUGCUUCUGGCCUUGCCUGCCACUGGUAUGUGGUCCUUGGACAGUGGUCAAAAAGGGUCAGAUAAAGGGCUAAGAUAGGUUGCCCACCCCUGCUGCAUGCCUGUUGCGUAGAAUUGAGAAAUGUCCUGAUUUUGAUCAAGAUAGGGAAAUUUGCAGGGGGAAGGUAAUAUCCAGAAUGUUUAAAACAAAACUACAAGCAAGCAGCUGUGUUGGUCUUUCAUUAAAAACAAAAAAAUAACAAUAACAUUUGAGGACCUAUUAAUGUUGUAAACAGCUUUUAUAAAGCUGUGUAUGUGCUUAAUCUUUAAAGCCCAUUUGAAAUUCUUACUCCAAAGAGUCCUGGGCACUGUAGUUUGUCAAGGGUUGUUCAGAAUUGUAACUCUGUGAUCCUAAAAGUAAAAUUAAAAAUGAGAUGCUGUCCUUUGGGUUUUUGACUGCCAGGCUUAGUUGACUUGAUACAUGUUAAAUGCAGCUGGCUGUGCACCAUCCAUGCGCCAUCCUGCUAUGAUUACAUCCUUGUGUGUGGUUUCUACUGCAACAGGCAGAUAUUUGCACUGAAUGCAGCUACCCCUCUGCAGCAUGUUCAUUGCUCUGCUUCCCAAAAAUAUUUUUAAAAGGAACUUAUCUCAGAGAAUUGUUCUCUUUCCCAGUCCCUAUUUGAUCCAGUUCCUUAACCACGGCUGUAUUAAUUCAGGACCUUCCAUUCCUCUCUUUACGGGGUUGAGGGCAGAGAAAGGAAGCAAGCAGAGACAAGGUUAAAAAUAAAAACCCCAAAGGAAAUACAGACAGAAACGGGAAUGUUGAAGAGAAAAGAAUUCUGCAAUCUGCUGGGUGGUCGCACUACAGUGCCAUUAGCUAUUGCUGAGUGUGUUUGCACUUGAGUGCGAAGCCAUGAGUCAGAGAUGCUCCGCCACUCAGCGCGAAUGAUGUUUUUGAGGGGGGCUGCCGUUGGGAAAGCACAACUGCCCUGCAUCUCUUGGGGAGAAGAAGACGAGGAAGAAAGCAUCUUGGUUGCCGUGGGGCUAGUUUUAUUUGUGUCAACAAAUGCUUGAUGACAGAAGUCGUGGAGGGCCGGCUGGAGAGAGUAUGAGAACUCUGCAGCAACAGAAAGCAGCAAGAGGAUGCCAUGCCGUCAAAUCUGUAAGCGUGGAACGGAUGUGCCUUCAAGAAUGGUAAGAUGAGCAUGGGAUGCAAUGAGGACAUCCAUCCCAAUAGCCUACAUAAUUCCCUAUGAGGCUCACACCCACCCACACCUAAGUGAUUUUAGUUUCUUCCCAUCAUCCUUUGCCUCCCUGCCCAGCCAAGGCUAUCAAAAACACACUGUGUGUGGUUGGUAGUUCCUCUUAGAACCAGAGUGCCUCAGCUAGCCAAUGACGACGGAGCUCAUUGAAGAAGCUUCCUUGGGCAAUUUCUCCUAUGACGCUGAGCGUGGAGAAGAAAGUCCUGUCACCAGGGCCUUGGGCGCAGUCCUCCUCCUCAUGUGUCUCUUUGGGACAACGGGCAAUAUCUAUACGCUGGUGGUAGCAUUUGGUGGCAUGUCUGUUCGCUCGGCGGGUUCUUUGCGCAUCUACGUGGUCAACCUGGCCUUAGCCGAUCUGCUCUACCUUUCCACCAUCCCCUUUGUGGUGUGCACAUAUUUCGCCCAGGACUGGUUCUUUGGGGACGUGGGCUGCCGGUUCCUGCUCAGCUUGGACCUGCUGACGAUGCACGCCAGCAUAUUCCUGCUGACGGCCAUGAGCGUGGAGCGUUAUUGGGCCGUGACUAGACCACUAAGGGCCAGGCAGGCCGGAAACAGCUACCGCAGGCUUGCUUGCGUUGCCGUGUGGCUCGUCUCGUCUUUGCUUACGGUGCCCAUGAUGGUCAUGAUCCAGCAGCGGGAGGGCAGGAGCGGAAAGCUCAUCUGCUUCCCCACGUGGACGCCUGGUGCUUUCCAAGUGUACCUCACGGUUUUGUUUGGCACGAGUGUCCUCGGGCCUGGUUUGGUCCUGGGGGUUGUGUACUCCCGGCUUGUGCAGGCCUAUUGGGCUUCCACAAAAGUCAUGUGGUCGCCUGUGGCGAGCAGGGCCCUGAAACAGAAGCUGUUUCCCAGGAUCUUCAGCAUCAUCGUAGCCUACUGGGCCUGUUUCGUACCGUUCUGGGCCUGGCAACUCACCAAGCUGUACUGGCCAGAGGACUUGGAGAUUGGGCCGACCGCCCAGGCUUACCUCAACUUUGGCGUUACCUGCUUGACCUAUGGCAACAGCUGCGCCAACCCUUUCCUGUAUACCUUGCUCAGCAGGAAUUACCGCAAGUACAUGGCUGCUCAGGGCGGAGAAAGGCCACACAGGAGGCAUGCUUUCUUCAAGAAGAAAACACAUGAAAUGCCCCAAGCAGAACAUGUGUCUGUGGCAGAGGGAGGAGGGCUUGGAUAAAGGAGGCAAAGGGUGGCUACCAAUAAUCUACCCCAAGGAUGCCUCUGCCUCUGCCUGCACAGCUGGGCUUAGCCUUGGAGAGCAGCAGCAGCAAGGUGGGAAGCAGUGACUGCAGACUUCGCUCUGGGAACCUGCAUGUUUGCUUGUUCACACUAAACCGUCGUUUGGCUUAGUGUUGUGUUGUAACUGGGCCAUAGUGUAUACCAGAGGUAGGAAACUUCUGUCCCAUGGGGCAGAUUUGGCGCACUAGGCCAUUUCCCCCAAACCACACUGACCCAACCUAUAGCUGCUAUUUGGCCUGGCUUCUAAUUUUUCUAUUCAAUUCUGUUUAACCUUCUUCUUUUCUGCAGAUCAGUUUUCCCUAAUGUACAGUUUUGUAUGUUAUUUUCACUAAUACAGUGGUACCUCAGGUUAAGUACUUAAUUCAUU